AAUUUUAUCGAGGAAAGCUUCAGCCUGAUAUUGGCUUCUCAUACACGAUUGUCGGCAAUGCUGAAAUAUAGUACUGUAUAUAGAUACAUUAUUAUUUAUUUUAUAUUCUGCAUUUGCUGGAGUAGUAGCAAGAGGCGAAUUUACCAAAUACAGAGUUUGCCAUUGUAAGAUUUUUUCAAGUAUUUCGUUAAAAUGGUUAUAAUAAAUGAUGAUCAGUUGACGGAGUUUGUUGCGGAGCUUAAACGUCUGCUGCCACAGUCGUAUCCUGUUUUGAAACUCGCUGAGAACCAUUUAAAGAGAAAUUCUUUCGCAUGGCCAGGGCUGGAUUUUGUGGUCGACCGGUUCCCAAAUUUUACUGCUUGCUUAGUCCGACCAAGCCCAAAACAUCCAUCACAGAACCCUGAGCAGCAAGAACGGCUUCCGCUUCAUGAAGAUUACGUUCCCAGACGAAGCUACUACAUGUACAAUGCGGUUGUCACGGACGUGGAGAAUUUCCGGACAUUACUGGACCAACAGGAUGCGAUAAACUGGAAAGCAGCCGGCUACUUUCAAGCGAUUCCAGAAAAUCUUCUCCCGGUGCUGGAAGAAGUGUGCAGCAAACGCGGUUCCGCUAUAGGACCAAAGCAACAUGCGGAUUUCACCGCUACCGGUUGGAUUGUUAUUCCCGCGGAAGUUAGCAAGAUUCCGAUGCCUGCAUCACCAGACGGGAUCACCUUUCGUCGGCCUGAUCGCGAAGAUAUGCCGACACUGAGCACACUGUGGCGUUACGGUGCCGGCACCGGUGAAACACUGCAAUAUCUUUAUCACCUUCACGACCACCAUUUUCCAAUGAUUGGCACAUAUAAAGACGGGCAGCUCAUAGGUUUCGGAAUAAUCAGUGCCGAUAUGGCCAUGUCAGCGGGAUUUGUUAAACCGGAGUUUCGUGGUCAGGGUUUGGCAAGUAAAUUAAUGUGGCACAGUGCGAAAGAUUUGCAGAAUAUCGGACAGGAAACCAGCUUUAUGUUCAUCUGGGAAGAGAACGAAGCGUCAAAAAAAGCCAUGUCCAGAGGAGGCGCACAACGGCAGGAGGAUUGGAAAGUGGUUUAUGUGCUUUACAAGCCUCAUGAUGUGGAUAAAAAUGAUCCCCUUAUGGUGUGGUACAAUAACAUACACGGCAACAUUCAAGAUCUAUGAAAAUAAUGGAGCCGUAUCUACUUUCUACUAACUUACAAAGCAGUAGAAAUGUUAUUGUGCACGAUUCGCUUUCCCGUUUAAGGAGUGCAGAAAAUGAAAAUGGAGUUAAUAAAAAUUGCUUGCGAA